AUGGGGAACGCGUACUGUCUCCUCUGCGGUUGCGUGGACCAAGCUAGCAUCGGCGUGGUGGAGCGAUGGGGCCGCUUCGAGCGAUUGGCUGAGCCAGGGCUUCACUUCUUCAACCCCUUCGCCGGCCAGUGCCUCGCCGGAAUUCUCUCCACCAGGAUCAAGUCGCUCGACGUUCGCAUCGAAACCAAAACCAAGGAUAACGUGUUUGUGCAAUUGGUUUGCUCAAUUCAAUACCGGAUCGUCAAGGAAAACGCUGAUGAUGCGUUCUAUGAGCUCGCGAAUCCUCAAGAGCAGAUUCAGGCUUAUGUGUUUGAUGUGGUUCGAGCUCUUGUUCCGAGAAUGGCAUUGGAUGAACUCUUUGAGCAGAAGGGAGAGGUUGCUAGAUCAGUACUGGAGGAACUAGAGAAGGUGAUGAGUGCUUAUGGGUAUAACAUUGAGCAUAUGCUGAUGGUAGACAUUAUACCCGAUCCCUCUGUGCGAAAAGCCAUGAAUGAGAUCAACGCAGCUCAAAGGCUUCAACUUGCAAGCGUUUACAAAGGGGAAGCCGAAAAGAUCCUUAUGGUCAAGAAGGCAGAAGCUGAAGCCGAGGCGAAAUACCUCGGAGGAGUAGGUGUGGCGAAGCAGAGGCAGGCGAUCACAGACGGACUGAGGGAGAACAUACUGAACUUCUCGCACAAGGUGACCGGCACUAGCGCCAAGGAAGUCAUGGACCUGAUCAUGGUGACCCAGUACUUUGACACGAUCAAGGACCUCGGCAACUCGUCGAAGAACACCACCGUGUUCAUCCCCCAUGGCCCUGGUCACGUUCGGGACAUCGGCGACCAAAUUCGCAAUGGCAUGAUGGAGGCAGCUGCCGGUUCGCAGGGGAACGAUUCCGACUGA